CUCUCUCUCCCUCUCACACUCUCGCUUGCUCUCUCUCUCUCUCUCUCUCACUCCCUUUCCCGUCUCUGUGGUUUGUAAGGUAGGUUGCAGUGUGUGUAUAUACACAACAUCAAGAGCAGGAAAAUGGACUCAUUAGGGAGGCAGGCAGUCAUUACCACUCACACUGUACUUCCAGGGAGACAGCGACUAUGAGGAGACAAACUGAGGACUGGGGAACAAGCAGCAUAAAAGAGAAGUGUUAGGAGCUGCUCUUAACCCUUUGGAGUCGGAAGAGAAAAGGGAACUAGAGGGCUUGACUUCUCCUUUACUUCCUGCAUUUACUCUGACCACAGUCCCUCCCUGUUCUCACAAGUGGAGCUCAGCCCUGCUUCCCUUUCUGUUGAUUCCCAGUCAGCUACAUGACUGCCUGAAGUUAAAUUUUAGAUGCUGAAAUCACUGCACCUUAAAAACAAAAAGAUUAAGCUGCACUGCAUUCCUAUUAUUCACUCAGCUCUACCAAGCAUCCUGAAUAUUGAGGAGAUUCACAUCUCUUACCGAAUUUCUCUGUUGUCCUGUAUCUCUGUGCCAGCAGUGGCUGGCACUUUUCCUCUACGUUGCAAGAGGGAGAGAAUUGGUUGGAAUUGCUUUCCAUAUAGCCGACUUGAAAUGCAGCAUUGAAAAGAUCCUUGACGAUCAGUUUGUGCUCUUCUCCUGAAGGAGACCUUUUCUGUGUCUCAUAUGAGGAAACUGAGGCACAGCAAGUUUUGAGUGACUUGUCUAAAUUCACACAGGAAAUCAUUGGCAGAGCCGGGAAGAUAACUUGGGAAUCCUGGAUCACAGGCCCAUGCUCUAACCACUAGGCUACGCUGCCUCUCCAAAUUACAGACACAGCCUCUCUCUGUCCCCUGCCCCAAUGAAUGUCUGCACUAGGGCCAAGGCUUGGAGUGAUUUACCUGAAGAGUGACACCAUUUGGAAACCACUGAAGAAACCCAAGACAGCUGAAAACCAGAAGGCGUCUGAGGAGAAUGAGAUUACUCAGACGGGUGCAUGCAGCGCCAAGCCAGGCCUUCCCUGCCUGAACCUUGAAGCUGUUCCGCCUCUGAGCCCAGCCCUCACCCACUCAUCACAGUCACCAACAAACCUGCCCGCACACACAGGGUCAUCUGAUUGUAACAUCAGUUGCAAGGGGAUGACAGAGCGCAUUCACAGCAUCAACCUUCACAACUUCAGCAAUUCUGUGCUCGAGACCCUCAACGAGCAGCGCAACCGUGGCCACUUCUGUGACGUGACGGUCCGCAUCCACGGGAGCAUGCUACGCGCCCACCGCUGCGUGCUGGCGGCUGGCAGCCCCUUCUUCCAGGACAAGCUGCUACUGGGGUACAGCGACAUCGAGAUCCCCUCAGUGGUGUCAGUCCAGUCCGUGCAAAAGCUCAUUGACUUCAUGUACAGUGGGGUGCUGCGGGUCUCACAGUCAGAGGCCCUGCAGAUCCUCACAGCUGCCAGCAUCCUGCAGAUCAAGACUGUGAUUGACGAAUGCACAAGGAUCGUCUCGCAGAAUGUGGGGGAGGUCUACCCAGUGAUUCAGGACUCUGGGCAGGAGACGCCCAGGGGGACCCCCGAAUCGGGCACCUCAGGGCAGAGCAGCGACACAGAGUCUGGCUACUUGCAGAGCCACUCGCAGCACAGUGUGGACAGGAUCUACUCAGCUCUCUAUGCCUGUUCCAUGCAGAAUGGCAGUGGGGAGCGCUCCUUCUACAGCGGAGCAGUGGUCAGCCACCAUGAAACAGCCCUGGGGCUCCCCAGAGACCAUCACAUGGAAGACCCCAGCUGGAUUACACGGAUCCACGAGCGCUCACAGCAGAUGGAGCGGUACCUCUCCACCACUCCAGAGACCACACACUGCCGCAAGCAACCACGCCCGGUCCGGAUCCAGACCCUGGUGGGCAACAUCCACAUCAAACAGGAGAUGGAGGAUGACUAUGACUACUAUGGCCAGCAGAGGGUGCAGAUCCUGGAGCGUAAUGAGUCUGAGGAAUGCACUGAGGACACUGACCAAGCAGAAGGCACUGAGAGUGAGCCCAAGGGGGAGAGUUUUGACUCUGGAGUCAGUUCCUCCAUUGGGACUGAGCCUGAUUCCAUGGAGCAGCAGUUCAUGGCUAACCUGGGCCGAGAGGGUCAGCAGGAACCUUCCCAAGCAGAGCAAAAUGAAGUCCCUGCUGAAGGCACACAGACCCAGCCGCAACACCUAGAUGCCAACACUUCCUCGCCAGACAGAAGCAAUGACAUUGAAAUGGACAGCAAAGUGCUCACUGUCAGUAACAACAGCGAAAAGGGGGCCUUGCAGCCUUCUGUCAACACAACAGUUGCCCAACCAUUGCCAAGCACCCAGCUCUACUUACGCCAGACAGAAACCCUCACCAGCAAUCUGAGGAUGCCGCUGACCCUGACCAGCAACACACAGGUCAUUGGCACAGCUGGCAACACCUACCUGCCCGCCCUCUUUACCACACAGUCUGCUGGCAGUGGACCUAAACCUUUCCUUUUCAGCCUGCCCCAGCCCUUAGCUGGCCAACAGACACAGUUUGUGACAGUGACCCAACCUGGCCUGUCAACCUUUACUGCCCAGCUGCCAGCCCCACAGCCCUUGGCCCCAUCUGCGGGCCACAGCACAGCAGGUGGACAGGGUGAAAAAAAGCCUUACGAGUGCACUCUCUGCAACAAGACUUUCACCGCCAAACAGAACUAUGUCAAGCACAUGUUUGUACACACAGGUGAGAAGCCCCACCAGUGCAGCAUCUGUUGGCGCUCCUUCUCCUUAAAGGAUUACCUAAUCAAACACAUGGUGACGCACACCGGCGUGAGGGCCUACCAGUGCAGCAUCUGCAACAAGCGCUUCACCCAGAAGAGCUCCCUCAACGUGCACAUGCGCCUCCACCGUGGGGAGAAGUCCUACGAGUGCUACAUCUGCAAGAAGAAGUUCUCCCACAAGACCCUUCUGGAGAGGCAUGUGGCUCUGCACAGUGCCACUAACGGCACAACCGGCGCAGCAGGCACCGGCACCAGGGCUGUCCCUGCCGGGGUGGUGGCCUGCACGGAGGGGACCACGUACGUCUGCUCUGUCUGUCCAGCUAAGUUUGACCAAAUCGAGCAUUUCAACGACCACAUGAGGAUGCAUGUGUCAGACGGAUAAGUAGAAUCUCUGUCUCUUUGUUAUGAACAAAAAAAAAAAUAGAAACAACAACAAAAAAGCUAUGGCACUAGAAUUUAAGAAAUGUUUUUGUUUUCUUUUUAUCUUUUUCUUUCUUCCUUUUUUUCCUUUAUUUUUAGUUUCGUUGUUUUUGUACUACAUGAAGAACUGUUUUUUGCCUGCUGGUACAUUACAUUUCCGGAGGCUGGGUGAAUAAUAGUUUUCCCGACCUCCCUUGGAUGGUGGCCUUAAGGCCAGGUAGUGCUUCAGGAGCUCCACUGGUUGGAUCUCUAGCUACUGGCCUCUAAAUACAACCCUUCUUUACUACAAAAAAAACAAACAAAAAAAUAACAAAAAAAAAUUAAAAAAUCUUUUUUUUUCUCACUUGUGAAGAGCACUACAAAAAAACAAAACAAGAG